CUCUCUGCCACAUUUCAUAGCCUCUUUCUCUCUCUCACUGUAGCCGGUCUCAAAAGAAUGGCUCCCAAGAAAGUAGAGCCCAAGAAGGAGGCAACCAAGCCAGCUCCUCCUCCAGAACCAGAGAAACCCAAGGAGCCAGAAUUUGACCCAAAGGGCAUCGCAAUUGAGUUCACCCCAGAUCAGAUUGAAGAGUUUAAGGAGGCCUUCAUGCUGUUUGACAGAACACCAAAUGGAGAAAUGAAGAUUUCCUAUGCUCAGUGUGGUGACGUCAUGAGGGCAUUGGGUCAGAACCCCACCAACGCUGAGGUCAUGAGGGUACUAGGCAAACCCAAACCUGAAGAACUGAACACCAAACUAAUGGACUUUGAGACGUUCCUCCCGAUGUUCCAGCAUAUUUCUAAGUCAAAGGACAGAGGCACAUUCGAAGACUUUGUGGAGGGGUUGCGAGUCUUUGACAAAGAAGGAAAUGGGACUGUAAUGGGGGCAGAGCUUCGGCAUGUUCUGCAAACAUUAGGGGAAAAGAUGACAGAAAAGGAGGUUGAGCAAGUGAUUGCAGGACAAGAGGACGGUAAUGGCUGCAUCAACUACGAAGCCUUUGUGAAGCACAUCAUGUCUGGAUAAAUGUCUGAGGACCAAAUCCUGAGAGCAGUCAGGAUUUCAACAGUUAGUUCUGCAGCAUCUGGUACCCAAUCAGCAAAGCACUGGAAAGCUAUUCCACUCAACUGAAGCUCUCUUCUCCUGCCGUCUUUUUUAUCUAUUUAUGUCUGAUGCUCUGAAUAAAUGAUCAAA